AUGCCUGAAAUCCUAAGGAGCCAACCUAUAAAAUUCACAAUUACUCACCACCGCCAGCAGCAACACUCCCACGAGGCGUUUAUGAAAUGGAUGGUUGAGGAGCACUUGCCUCUUGCCAUGCCUGUCUUCACUAAAUAUGGAGUCAUCGAAUACUCGCUCUUCGCUACCCCACCUGCUAUGAAUGAGGCAUUGAAACGGGAAAUUGGCGAGUAUCGACCGAGCUGGGAUUUCGCUGAUUUCGACUGUUUCAUCGAGUACAUACUUCCCAAUGUGGAAACCAUCCAGAAGAUUAUGGCAGAUCCAGAGUGGCAGAUCGCGGUUAAGGACCAGAAGGACUGGGUUCAGGUCUCGAAGGCAUUAGUUUCUCUGGGACACUCUACCCCGUACGUGUUGAAUGGGAAGCCUGUAAACUUGCCAAAAUGA